GAGAAGAGCACCUCGCCAGUCGAAGCUGUGGCGUCAGUUCAGCUGCUGCAUGAUCAGCAUUGUUGGAUCUCGUCGGCAUCUGAAGAGAAAACGAACCAGCCCGUUUUGUUUGUUUUUUUGCGUCUCGUUCGACUUGUUUAUUUUGGAAAGAAGAUAAGCCGAGCUUCGCGCUUCGUCGUGACGUGAAAAGUUAGUACUCACAGUGGAUCAGCUACAACUUGGAACGAAAAUAACAGCGAAAAACAAUUGAACGAUGAAAGCCAUCUCCCUGUUGAUUGUCGUCCUGCUCUGCUGCGCUUCCUGGUUCACGGUGGAUGCUGCCAACAAGUCCAAGUUGCCUUCGUGGCACAUCCGAUUCGCACGCCAGCAAGGACCCAACGCCUGCGUGGUGGAAGAAGUGCCUGGAAGCAAAUGGAAAAUCUGGACAGAGUGUAAAUACUAUCUGCCCCGCAAGAUCUGUGGCCAGAAAACGGUACUUCGUUUCGAGUGCUGUGAAGGCUUCCAUCGCGUACCGGGUCAAGAAGGAUGCGCAGGAGUGAAGCCACUGAAGAACAUUUUGGAAACGGCACGCGAGCUGGGAGCCACGGAUUUCGUUCAAUACGUCGAAGAAUCCGGUCUGCAGAAAGAAUGGGCCCGCGAAGGAGCAUUUACGUUGUUCGCUCCGACCAACGAAGCCUUCGCCAACAUACCGCGUGAAUUGCGCGCCCGCGUCGACUCCUUCCGCGGCAACAUCGAAAAUCCGAUCCUUCGUUACCACGUCUCCGAUCGCAAAGUGACGUCCGAUACCUUCCAGGCCGAUCAGACCAUACCGACGCUCUACAACGGCAAUCGCUUGCGUAUCAACAAAUAUUGAAUUCCCAAUUUUUCAGAUCGUCAUGUCCCUCGACGAAGAGAAUCCUCUCCGUUUGAGCGUCUACCGCAAAGCCAUCGGAGUGGAAUGCGCUGUCAUCGAGAAGGCCGACAUGGAAGGCCAGAACGGGCCAUGUCAUGAUUCCGGCCAACAUUUCGGCCGGCGAUUUACUGCGACGCGAAGGAAAUUUUAAGACGUUCCUCCAAGCGAUGGAAUUGGUGGAACGGGCAGCGACGCUCUUGAUUUUGCUUCCGGUGGCAUAUCGGCCACAUUCUUCGUGCCCACCGAUGCCGCUUUCGAGGAAUUAGGAACGGCGGCGGCUGAAAAUGCCAUGAAGAAUCGCUCUUUAUUGAAAACGGCCAGUUUUUUUUCUUUUAUUCGGUUGGGGUUUUUAGCUUUCAGCUCAGAAAAACUCUAAAAGAUGGCGCUGUACGUUUGAUCUGCAUUAUCUAAUUCCAUCCGUGUAUUAGAUUAGCCAAUCACGUCGCGUUCGAUACAGAGGCAGCAGCUUAUUAUUAUGCUGGUGAGUGGGAUCUACUUUUUGAUUUUCCCCUUCCUUUGUUGGAAUGUUUUUGAUUUUCCUCAUCCAGAAGACUCACCGGAAGUACUCGCGUUGCCAGUCAUUUCAAUUGAGGUUCAGAUUGUUUUUACCAGGCGCCAGUUGAAUUUGCGAAUGUCAACUUGUCGAUUCUUUCGAUUCUUUGAAUGGUGAUGGAACUUUAAAUCUUAAUUUGCUUGAAUAGAGAACCGCGAAAAAUUUCAACAACGGAAUAAAGUAAAGUGGCAAACAAAUCGAAAGGGACAACUGAAAGUCAUUCAAAUUCGGUUAAAGUAGGGGGAAAACAUAGAAAUAAAGACAAAUUAAAGAAAAGUUUCUCUUAAUCUGCACAAAUUGCCAGUAACAGAUCCAGUUCAAUGUCAUCGACUAUUUCCAAAACAGUUUGGGCUUUUUGUGCUCAUCUUUUUUAAUUCGUCGCUUUUAUUUUUCACGACGUCUGUAAAGAAAAAGUUAACCAGCAACGAUUCAUCAUCGAUACACAAGAUUUCAGACCGAUGAUGAUCCACUGAAAUUUAAAAUUAUUUAAAACAUUUUCUUUUUACAUUAAUAAAAGGGGACGAGAGUGUGUAUGGGUUAAGGCGUCAUUUAGGAAUAGGUGCAGAGGUGCACCUGGAAACCAAGGACCAGGUUUCGAACCCCGUGGUAAUAUAUAUAUGAUUUUUGAAGGGGGCUCCCUCUUCCAAAAAGGAAGGGGGAGGAUUUUCCAUUUUGAAAUUCCCCAAGGGGGCUCCCCCUUCUAAAAUGGCCGACCAAAAGAGAACGAAAUAGCUCGGGGGGAUGAAAAACACGCACAAAACACAAGAAUUUAUGAUUAUAAACUUCAAUAUAUCCCACGAUUAUCAAAAAAUACCCUCCCAAUUUUUUGAAAUGUUAUGUAAACAUAUCUCUUGUUUCUCGGUAAAUUAUUCGCCGUUCGUCAAAUUUUCCGACUGAUUUAAUAUGAUUUUUUAAAGUUCAACCAUUUUAGGUUUCUAUUUUUCAAAUUCC